UAAAUUUCUAUAUAAAUAGUUAAAAUAAGUUUUAUGAUUAUUUGUUAAAUCGGCUUAAAGUUUUUGUUAUUUAUACAAGCUUGUGUGUGAUUUUGUUGUGUUUUAUAUAAGCUGUUUAGUGUGGUAGUAGAAAAAAAGGAUUAAAAUAAUUUGAAACAAAUAAUAAAAUAAAAAUAUACAAUAUAAAAUAGAAUUACAAAAACACAAAAAAUAAAAAAAAAAAAUAAAUAUCUUCCCAUGAUGUUUAUUAAAGCAUGAGCUCUAUUUUAUUGUCAUUGCCACAACGUUAUAAGCGCCAAUUACAAGCAAUGACUCUUGCCGUGAUCAUCAUUUACACCACUUUGGUGUUUUACCAAAGUUCAUAUGGAUAUCCAAAUAUUGAGAUUUCGCAAAAUCCCUCACAAAAAUAUCACCAUAAAGUGGGUGAAGUACAAACACAUCAUAUGAAAUUAUUACAAUACGAAACAUCUACAACAAAUACACCCACCACCUCAACAACGACACCACAACAAUCAUCACCAGCAGCAUCUUCAUCUUUAUCACAGUCAUCUUUUACUCAGGAUUUAAUAGCAAAUCCUGUUCAUACCACCGUUAAUCAACCUACUACUGUGAUUAUACGUAAGGACAUACAUAGUUUUAAUUUCUCUGACAUAGAGUUACCCAUCGAAAGACCCACAGCUUCGGCUCAUUAUUUGCGUAACAAACAUUUACUACGUGAUCUCUCUCAGCGUUCGGUGACGGGUACACCGAAGCCACCCACCACCGAAUUGGAUGAUAUUUUUAUAAGUGUUAAGACAACAAAAAGUUACCAUGACAGUCGUUUGGCCUUGAUUGUUAAGACAUGGUUUCAGUUGGCCAAAGAUCAGACAUGGUUCUUUACGGAUACUGAUGACCCAUAUUAUCAACAAAAGACAAAUGGUCAUUUAAUCAAUACCAAAUGUUCGCAGGGACAUUUCCGUAAAGCUCUCUGCUGUAAAAUGUCAGCGGAACUAGAUGUUUUUCUGGAAAGUGGUAAAAAAUGGUUUUGUCAUUUUGACGAUGACAAUUAUGUAAAUAUACCCCGUCUGGUAAAACUUCUAGAUGAAUACAGUCCCUCUGUUGAUUGGUAUUUGGGUAAACCCAGCAUAUCCUCACCCUUGGAAAUACAUUUAGAUAGUAAAAAUACUUCGUUAAAUAAAAAGAUUACAUUUUGGUUUGCAACAGGUGGUGCUGGCUUCUGUUUAAGUCGAGCCCUGACAUUAAAAAUGUUACCCAUAGCAGGUGGUGGUAAAUUUAUAAGUAUUGGAGAUAAAAUAAGAUUUCCUGAUGAUGUUACCAUGGGUUUUAUUAUUGAACAUCUUUUAAAAGUACCGCUCACCGUUGUCGACAACUUCCAUUCACAUUUAGAGCCUAUGGAGUUUAUACGUCCUGACUCUUAUCAGAAUCAAGUGUCCUUCAGUUAUGCUCUCAUGAAGAAUCAAUGGAAUGUGGUUAAGGUUGAUGGUUUCGAUACAAAAACAGAUCCCAGACGAUUUUAUUCAUUACACUGUAAAUUAUUUCCUUAUUUUAGUUAUUGUCCUCAUAGAUGAUUUAAUUAAGAAAAUGAAGUAAAAAUAUUUUAUUUUUUAUUGUUGUUGAUUUGUGUAAAAAAAAUGAAUAGAAAGGGAAAAUUUUUAUGUUUUAUUUGUUAAAAAUCUGUGAUGUAG